AUGCUCGGUUCUGGUCCUGGCCCUGCGCCCACGCCCUCGAUGACUCUCCCUCCCCUCCGAGAACUUGAUAAGGUCCUUGGUCCCGAAUCAGAACACAGUCGCUUGGCUAAUCACCACUCAGUACCAUCAGGACAACCCCGGUCGCAGUCAUCUGAUCCUCAUCUCCAUCAGCACUUCCAACAGCAACGGCCUCAGCAACACCAACAACAACAGCAGCAGCAGACACCGCAGCAGCAACAUCAUCAGUACACCCAAAAGCUCCCUCCAAGCCAGCACAGCUACCAGCACCAUGACCAACCCGGCCGCUAUUCAUCGUUAUCUGGAUCAUUACCAGGACCAUUGUGGAUUGGCCGAGAUGGCCAGGAAGAGGGAAAAGACCUAUACAUGAGCGCCACCAGGGCCGACUCGGUUUUGUCCAAGGACUACCCGCACGGGCACACUCAUCGUCAUCUCCCCAGCGCAUCCGCACAUGAGCCAGGGCCAGGGCGGUCUGAUUCGAGCCCAGGCCAUCCUCACCAGCAACAACAACACCAGUCGCAGCAUAAUCAAAAGGGGUCUACAUCCCCUACUUCAACCCACACCACCUCAUCUGCAACUGCGACUCCAUCUUCCAAAACGUCUGCACAGGCAAAUACAGCAACAGGAGGAGCAACAUCAGGAUCAACUGAAGGCAGUAAUUCUGGAAAAUCGACGGCCGAGCAAGGACGGAAUUCGACAAAGCGUGCCGCCCAAAACCGCGCAGCCCAGCGCGCAUUUCGUCAGCGGAAGGAUCAAUACGUCCGUGAAUUGGAGCGCAAAGCGGACCGGUUACAACAGGCCGAGGGACAAAUCAUGAUUCUCAUGGCUCGCAACCGCGAAUUGGAGGCCGCUGCUGCCCAGAAGCAACUUGGCGCAUCCUCGUCACCACUGCCAUCCCCACUCUUGCUACAGGACUCGCCUAGGGGCGGUAUGGUUGGACCAGGAAGAGCCAUAGAUCGAGGAGAACGCGACCGGGAUCGGGAACGAGAAUGGGCUGUCCAUGAGAGGACCCUGGAGAGCAACGGGUCCUUUGAUCAUUACCAUCCUUCCUCGCGCCCGGCGCUGGGCCGCCAUUCGUCUGUUCAACACCUUCGACAAGCCUAUAACGCCGCAUCACCACCUCUUUCGAGUAGCUCAAUGAAACACCUUUCACUGAGCAGCAAACUGUCGGCGCCCGAAUCGGACCAGGAGAUUGAACACCAGCAUCGUCCUCAUCGUCAUCUUCACCGCCAUCCUUCGGAAUCGUCGCUCAACCUCCACCGCUCCGGGGCCUUCCCAGUGUUCUCUACUGAUCCAAAAGACGAGGAUCAUCAAGUGGCACAGCGGCUUCUCAGCAUCCGAGGAACUCCUAUUGACUCUCGUCCAGAGACUACCUCGCCCACUGCGACCAACCGGUCCCCUCACCCUGGAUCUAGCGGCGAUGUAUCGAUGCAGUACUAUCCUGGAUCUCCAUUGACGCCAACCCAUGAGCGGUCAUCACUCUACUCAUCGGCUCAGAACUCAAGGGCACCCUCUAGCGCAGGGGUCGGCCCCCGUUCCUUGCCAUCACCUACAAGCGCAGCCCAUGGCGAUGGUUCGCUUCCCACUUCUGCGUCUCCUGCCCACCCACCUGCUCCUUUCCAUCCAUCGUCGUCUGACUACGACCUGGGCAAAAAGAGACCAAGCGACGGAACCAUUAGUUGGGCUAGCCAGGAUCUUUACAAGAACCCUCAGGAUACCCACUCACACCACCCUUACCACCCCUCAGUCAAGAAGCAGGCUAGUUGGAGUUCGCUCUCGGAGCAGAGACGUAUUCACGCGGUCAAGAAGCAACCAAGUUAUGGCUCCAUCUCGGAAUAUCGUCACAGCUGGAGAAGUAAUAGGACCGAGAGCCCAGAGAUGACAUCAGACGCUCGGUUCGGCGGCAACAGCAGUGACCGUGGCAGCGUAACGCCUGCAUUACCCAGGAUUCCUCCACAGUUCUCGCAGCAGCGCCCUCCGCAACCACCCACUCCUCAGCACCCGCCAUUAAGCUUUGACCGUGAAUACCCUUCCCCGACGGCAGCAUCCCAUACCAGCUCUACAUUUUCGCCACCCACGAGCCACCCGCAGCACUUUCAACAGCACCAUCACCAGCAGCACUCGUCGCAUGGACAACCACCAGCUUCGUCUGACUAUUAUAGUCCUCCGCGGUCAGCACCGCAGCAACACGAGCAUGGAUCAUCAGAUAUGGAUGUCGUUCAGGAAGGCAGCAAUGGUGGCAGUUCCGCAAGUAAUCAUCACCACCACUACUCGCAUUCUCAACACCAGGUCGCAUACGACUCUGAUGAGAUGGAUACCUAUGACCAACGACGAGAGUCUUCUCAUGACUAG